GUGCUGGUGCCCGCCAGAGAGCGAUAGAAAAUGGCGAGUCUGUGCAGGAGGCAGCAAUGCACAAUCGACAGGCGCGGCUUUCGGCAGGAACUUGACUCGUGGCGACACAAACUCAUUCACUGUGUAGGUUUUGAAAGUAUUCUUGAAGGUCUGUUUGGUGAAGAACUAGUAGAAGACCUGAAAUUAUUUAAAGACUUUGAACCUCUAGCAGUGUCUGAUUGGUCAUUCGAUGAAAACUGUCUGUUCUGCUGUUUGAGAAGAGACAAAGUAAAAGAACACUUAAUUGGCUUAAACAACAAGGGACUUGAAGAUACACCCAAGCCCCUCCCCUUUAAAGAUCACAUCACAAUCAGCAGACUCGAGAAACAAGCCGAGGAAUUUCUCAAUGCAGUCCUCUGCAGAAAAGAUGUGCCAAAUUUCUCAGACCCACACAUUCCAGUAGUGGCUCGAGAGAUUCUUCAGAGAAUGAUCAGACAGUUUGCUGCCGAAUAUACCUCAAAAACCAGCCCCCCUCAGGACAGUCGCCCAGAUUCCCAGCCUCACUCUGACCAAAGCCUGCCAGCCCCACCCUUGCUCUCAGGGGCUCCUCCUCCACCGACCAGCCCUGCUGCCACCCUGGCUGGGCCAGCACACAACCAGAACCCCGUCCUUAGCAAACUCCUCAUGGCUGACCAGGAUGCUCCUCUUGACCUCACAAUCAAGAAGCCCCUGGCUGAGCCCAGUGAACAAGAUGGAGUCCUUGAUUUGUCUCUAAAAAAGAAUCGCUACUGCAGCAGCCUGCCUGUCCAUAGUCCCAGCCUUUCUCCAGCCGCUACCAUGCUGAAGGGGCGAUCCUUGAGAGCGGACGGACAAGUCGGGCUGUUUAUGAGGAGCCUACAGGAUGGGAGGAGGAGGGAGAAUUUCGGCCACUCCACCUGUUAUAAGCCUUCCUCGCCUCUUGCAUACUCGCUGCACAUCAAAGAGGAGGCCGAUCUGGAGAGCGACCCAGAGUCACCUCUCAGCCAUAACCACAACUCCAGCCCCAGUGACCUUUUCAGAGAUGCAUCAGCUUCCUGGAAUUCGAAAACUCAUAUUGGGGCCCUACUCAAACUGAAAACCAGCAAUGAAGCUAGUGAGCACCUUAAAGACAUACCCAGGUUGUUGGAAGCUGCUGGACUUUUGACAAAGUCACUUGCCUAUGAGAAAGGAAACCUCCAGGAGGCCUGCAGGGAUCACAGCUUUUCCCUUUCUCAUUCAUCAUCUUUUGACCUCAAGAUACCCCAGGUGCGAGUUUUGGCCACAGGAACUGACACGACUUGGGAUUCCAUUUCCACCGAAUAUUCAGGGUCACUUUGUGAGAAUGGUCUGAGAAAGAAGCUUUCUUCCAUUCUACCCAAACAGAUCCAGAAAAAGAGCAGAGGUUUUAAUAGCUCAGGUUUGGAGAAGGAAUAUUGGCCUUUCUCCGCUGACCGCCAAGCCUUGGGGGCAAACUAUCCUAUGGAUUCAGAGUCGGAUCUAGCUAACAAGCAACCGAGGAAGAAACGGGGACGUUAUCGACAAUACAACACUGAGCUACUGGAAGAGGCUAUUGUGGUAGUAAUGGGUGGGAAAAUGAGUGUGUCUAAAGCCCAAUCGGUCUAUGGCAUUCCGCACAGCACCCUGGAAUACAAAGUUAAAGAACGUUUGGGGACCUUGAAACAUCCCCCAAAAAAGAAAAUGAAGCUGAUAAACCAGGGCGAGGAACAAGGUGUUUCAAAGUCCCCCAAAAUAGAAGAAAUCCAAAACUCCCAGCACAUUGUCUCUGAAAAGAAGGAGAGUGCUGAUGAGAAUGGGACUGAUUUCCAUGAUGAAAACGUUUCAUCAAAUGAGUAAUACAUCAAUUGCAUACUAACAAUAAUGUACUUUUAACCAUUGCAUUUGCCAGACAGUGGUAGUAGCUGACUUGGUUGACCAUAAAACCCUAAUAGUUAAUAGUUAUGUAAUUCUCACCCUAAUUUGUAUCAUUACAUUAAUAUGUACAUGUAUGGUCAUCUAUCUUAAACACUCAGAUGUACCCAUGCAAUACAUAUUGUGCCUAGAAGGCAUGCUUGCUAUUUAAGACUUUUUUAUGUAGUCAUACACUAAUUUCAGUUUAUUUGAUUAGAUUGCGAUUUGAAAAUAACAAUUUAAAGCUCUAUAAGUGUAUCUUUUACACAGAGCCAAAAGCUUGCCUAAGGAUGUGGCGCCCCUCAGUGUCUUUUCUCAGUAAUGGUCAUAUGUUCAGAGUGAACAUGUAGUGGAUUCUCUGAGUAUACAUUCCUUGCAAGGAAGGAUAUUUAUUAUCUAUCUAUCAAUAUAUCACAUUUAUGGAGGACCGUAUAAGCCGCUGUCAUUGUUUUGCAAAUGCAGUUUUGUGACUCCAGUGGACACGGGAUGUUUAACAGUCUGUCCACACACUAACAUAUUUAUUAUGUCAAAACACUAUGAUAUAUAAAAUAUUUAUUUAUUAUUCCAAUCUGUUGGAAUAGCAUAGUCUGUCAUUCUGAAUUUCACUCUCUUUUCAGUCUCAAUUAACAUUUUCUUAACUAGCAUCACUAUUUUGUCCACCUACAUUUUUCUUGUGUGUUUUUCUCUGCUGUAUGAUUGGUAAUAGUUUUCUUUCAUUGCCUUCACUGCACUCAGGAUAAGUUCAGAUUGGACUGCAAUACUUGUCAGUCAAAGUAAAUAUCUCUAUCAGAUAAUGCAUUACUGUAUACAUAGAAAUAUACCUCAGCUACAGAUAUGCUCAGCUAAAUCAUUGCCUCAUAGAAGUCACCUCUAAUGGGGAAGAAUAGCAUCUAUACCCAAAUAAGCCUUUUGAGGUAACAUUUCAGGAUGUCUUACUGACAAGUGUGUGUGUCCUACUCUCAGAUGUCUUCACAGCCUACCUUAAGUGGUUAUCAGUAGCAUUUCAGUGCUCAUGUAAGCCUUCAGAGCAGUUCAGUUCUAUGUAAUUUAGGGCUCAUAUUUUUUUAGAUUUCAUGUACUAUCUCUGGGAAGCGACACAAAAGUAGAAUUUGUAUUUUUGCUUUUGUUCUUUAAUUCAUCGAAACAACAGAAAAACAUUGUAUUUCUAUACAUAUGUAGAAUAUAUAUACAUACAUACAUACAUGCCUGCUGCAUGUGAUAACGAAUUGUCUCUUUUGGUCAGCAUCUUGUUUGUCUUGUAUUUUUGAGAAUGAUACUUUGUUGUGGCUUGUUAACAUUCGUUAGCUUGCCAAAUUAGCUAACCAAGUUACAAUCAUGCCUCAAUACACACACCACCUGUUUCUCAAGUUACCAAGGCAAAAAUUCAGUGAAAAUUGUUUUCAUUGGCUUGAAUCAGUGAAUGUACAGUAUUAUGUCAGGCUGAAUUGCAUUUAAGAGUUUAGUUAUUAACCAUUAUUGGGUCUGAUUUCCUGGUGCAGUUACAAACAAGCCCAGGUUUACUGUGUAUUUUUAUCAUUUUUUAAUGCUAUGGGGGAGUUUUAUUUGAAGUUGACUGCUGGCAUCCAAAACUAGUUUUUAGGUGAGGGGAAAAGAAAGAAACAACAUUCUCAUGUUGAAACCAACAAGGGUGUGAGUUGACUUUUUUUUCUGACUCGAGAUAUUCCUGUGUCGCUACACCAAAGCUCAGACUGAAACCAUUUCUUUAAAAUUUAUACUAAUAUUGGGUCUUGGUCCUGUUCUGAUUCAAAACUUUUACAGAAGACUUGCUCCCAUUUUCAUUGAAUUUUUGCCUGAUUUUUUUUCUCAGCCUAGUCCAUUGUUGCUCUAUCAGGACACCUCAUUGUGCAUUAUCACUUUUACCUCAGGACUCUCCAGAAUAUGGGAUCAUGACCCAUUAUUCUUUUAUCAGGUUGACACACAGCUCUAGCAAAUCUUGGUAAUGAUGUUUUUGCAAAUUUUGCAGCCUUCAGAUGUAGUGUUGCUUGAACUCAGAUAUAAUAUUAGCAAUUAAAUUUUACAUAAAAUUGUCUAGAUUGUAAACAUGGUAAAGUGAGAAUUGGUUCAGCAGCAAAAUGCAGUUCAGGGACUUGCACACUUGUGUAUUAGUAACACUGUAACAAUAAUACAACCAUAUGUUCGAUGGUAAACUUAGUGACUAACUUGUUGGGCUUCUGUUAUUCUCUGUUUGUAUACUGCCACUUGCUCUAAAUGCAAGGACUUUUUAGUUAGUUUUUUAUAUAUGGUUUCCAUUUUCUCUCAUUAUGAAGGUAAAAAUCAGGAUUAUUUGUAACUGAUUAACCACUUUAAAUAUCUUAUUUUUUUUCACAUUCACAAAAUACCAGAAUAGCUUGAAGCAUUUGCUUCAUUGACACUUGUACAAUUAAGUAAAAUUUUGUCACAUAUUCACUGUCAUCACUUAAAUUGUUCUUGCAUUGACAAUCAUCCAGCAUUACUCAAGUCACACUUUAUUUUCUAAUGUAUUGUUAAAUAAUAUGUAGACAUACAGGCGCUUUGGGUGUUUUGAUGGGUGAAUUAUGUUUUUGUGCUCCUCAGUUUCUAUUGUAGCAAAUUUAAUGGUUGACUACCUCAUCUGGAAAUCCCAUAUCACAGUCUACUCUUCUCAUAGCUGUUUUAUGUAGCAAUUUCUCAUGCACACAAUACACAGUUUACUGUAAGAUUUUUUUUUAAAUGAAGGAAAAUAACUUGCAGAAAGAGUGAUCAGAAAGAAAAUGUAACGGCAGAAAAUAUCAAAGUUCAACCAUAUGUAAAUAUUUCAGUGUAUCCUUGUAUUUAAUUGUGCCCUGCUCUAUUUAAUGGUUUUCUGAUUUCAUUUUUUUCCUCUUUGGGUUGGGGAUGGAGCGUUUAAGGGGCGAAUUCUUGUUGUUUUGUUGUGGCGUGUAUUUUUGAUGGUCUCCUGCUUUGGAGGAACCAUUUUGUUCCUAAAGUCGGGAAAGAAUUUCCCCCCCUGUUAGAUACCUUCUUAAACUGAUAAUAUAUUUGGAAUUAUUUUGUUAAUGCAGUAUUUAUUAAUCAAUAUUGAUUAAUUAAUAGUUUUAUUAUCACUUAAGUAACCAUGAAUGUAAACAGCUUUAAUAAAAUGAAACAUCAGGAGUUUAUAAUGCAUAAAAGGUAUAUUUAGAUGUCUUAUAUGAUAGAUGCGAGAGGGUAAGAUUUAAGACUGUCCUACCUUAUUCUGACACAAGUUGGUUAUCUUUUGCUUGAUAAAUAUAUGAGGACCAAAGUCUUUUUUUCAACUGCAUAUGAUGCGGCUCUUCAUAUGACUAACGAGUAUCUCUGUCCAUAGAAACAUGUUUAGUCUUUGUAUAUAUGAUUUAACACAGCAUAUAAAUGAUGACACUGGGUGUAUUUUGCAUGAUUGGACUACAUCGUGCGUGUUAUUGGGUAGUGGGUUGUAUGUGGUGAAAUUUCUCUUUGAGGGUGUUUUAUUGAAAACAAAUACUGGAGUGUUGGUGUGUUAACUGUUAAGUCAUCAAUGUAUUAAGUAUAUUAACUGUGACAGAAAUAUUACUAAACCAGUUCAAAUUCUGAUUAAGGAUUCACUAAAUAUGUGAGAUAAUAUGCCCUUGUAUGGUAGUAUGUAGUUGCCAGAUUAUUUAUGUCCCAGAUGUAUAGUAUAUGAAUAUUGUGGAUGAGUUAACACAUCCGCAUGUGUGUGCUUGUGAAAUAUAGUGAAACUCAGUUGUAAUUUGGUUUGCUUGUGCUUGUUAGCUUGGGUAUUUACUUUCACUGGAAGAAAAAGGCAUGUUCUUUGUGUUGGUUCUUUACUGCAAUGCUAAGUGAAACAGAGAGCAAAACUCUCAGGGAUGAAACACUUACCACUACUUAUUCAGGUACUCCACUUUACUCCUUAGACCUUGCAAGCAGGGAUGUGUUUAUUAGCUUAGCAAAAAAAAAAAAAAAAAAAAAGUCAGGUUCUAGUUCCAGCAAAUGUUAUUUUUUUAACCUCUAAAAUUUAUUUUUAAAUCUCCAAAAGUUACAGUUGAGAUAUUUUGGCAUACUGUACAAAUCACUUUGUGUUCAGAGCCGAAAAGAAACUCUUAGUACAUCUUUUUACUGUCAUAUUAAUUUUAUUCUGUUGCAUAAUGAAUGUCAAUAUAACCUUAGUGCAGGUAAGAUGUUGACCAGUGGGGUUUUUAAUUAACAACUUUCUUUCCAGGUCAGUGCCUCAAGCAUCAUAGAUUAAAUAGAAAAAAAAACUGUUUAAUGAAACACCCCAAAACUGCACUUUUGCAUGUCAACACAUAGUUCUUAGAGUCCUCUGACUUGCGUUACACACUUUACAGCUUUUAGGCCUCCCACUUCAGAUGUUUUUGUAGCCUUUGUGAUAUAAAGCUGAAAUCUGUAUUUAAAAAUACCAAAACAAUAUGUAACAGUUGUAUUGUUUUGGCCAUAAAUCUGAUGGAAUAUACUGAGACUAAAAGAAGGAAAUUUACCAGAAGCUUUUAGAGUUUCAAGUUUCACACCUAAGUUACCAGCUUGAUCCAUGAAAUUUCACUUUGCCACCAUUUUAUAUUGCCAGAAGCCAAAACGGAAUGGAGAUUAUGUUCAAGAUUGCCACUAGUUAUUCCACUGUCUUUGCUGUAGCUCAAAUUUGGAAAAAAAAAAAAGGCAUGUGAACAGAUUACAAUUUUCAGCUUCACAAAAUAAAAAUAUUAGUAGAAUGGUAUGUGAUAGUGCAUUUAUAUUUAAAGUUAGAUUAAUGUUAUAUUAGUUUGUAAUUCUCAUAUUUUUAAACACAGUGAUCAACAGACUAUUAAUUUUAUUUCUGUCGAUCUUGCAGUUGCCAGCACCUCUUGUGCUGCAGUAUACGCUGUGUGAAAAGCAAUUUAUCUUUUCAAUAUUUAACUUAGCCUUGUGACAUGUCACCUCAGGAAUCCAGAUAGGGUUUCAUUUUUUCAAUUCUCUUGUCAAAACACCACAGCGUAGCUUAGGAAGGUCUUGAAAACAAACCUUUCAUACUUACUGAAAUAUUUUUUUGGCAUAAUGUGAUAGAAAUGUUCCAAAGUCAUCAGAAAAGUUUGUCCUAGACCUGCCACACUGAUACAUAUUCAGACAAAAAUACAAAAUAAUAAUAAUAAUUAAAAAAAAGCCCCCCUUCCCCAGUUAACUAUUCAUACAGUUACCGAUAUGAAAUUUGUAUUGGCACAACAAAAACCUCAUAGGUAUUAAUAAUUAUUAUUUUGUAAAUCUUUGGUGAUGCUUGAUUUUUCUUUUACUGGAUAAUUUGUCUUAAGUUGUUGAGCACUUGUAUCUAAAUAUCACCCUUUGCACUAGUCACUAAGAAACUCGAAAUGAAAACUUAACAAAACUGAUGUACUCAAUAUUUGCCCCUAAUGUAUUUGCUAUUUCAAGUGAUAAAUGUGUUUGACUUGUUUUAAUCAAAGUGAGCUACCGUUACUAAAUGUCUUGUGCAUGUAUAAUUUUUUUCUUGAUGUAUACUGUAAAAACAGCACUUGUGCAAAGAUGAAAAAUGUAGUAGCUGUAAUAAUGUUAUUGGUCAAGUUCACUGGAUGAAUGAUUCACUUUUAAAAAUCACUUAUUCUUCUAAUAAAUAUGCAACUAUAAACAUUGUAAUAAA